UUAUAUUAUGUUGUGCAUGACAAUAUAAUUGAAAAGUAUUAUAGAAUAAUGAAUGAUUCUAAUAGUGAUUAUUUAGAAAUGCCAUUUGGGCCUCCUCCAAUUUUACCAGAUAUCAAAACAGAAUUAGAAGAAUAUAUAGUGUAUCCAGAAAAAUUACCCAUUCAUCAACUUAACAAAGUACAACAAUAUUGGGAUAGAGAACCUGAUAUAUUAACACUUUUAAAAACUGAUGUAUCUCCUGUUGGGUCAGAUGUUAAAUAUGAAAGAGAUCCUAUUACUUGUCUAAUUGGAAAUGUUCAAGAAGUUUGUAUUCAACAUAUAGGAAAAACUGUACGAAACUCAAUGUCAAUGUCUAGAGCACCUGGCCCAGUUACUGAAGAUGUCAAAGGAAAUACUAGUAAUUUUUUAUUUUGGCCUGGUGGAUUUGAUAAAUUAAAACAUAGUGAUAUAAUCCAAAAUAUCAAAGUUGAUUUUGAAAACAAUUUAAAAACAGUGGCAAAAGGAUUUAGAUCUGGAAUUCAAUUUAUGUCAGAUAAUUGUACACCAAAAAGUGUAUAUAAUUCAAAUAAAGAAAUGAACAAUGAGGCAACAUAUAAACAAGAUAAUAUUAAUCUUAGAUCUGUUAUAGUCGAAGAAAGUCAUACUCUGGCUUUUUGGUCUACUGAAAAUAAAAAUAAAGAAAACAUAGAAAAUUUAAAUAAUAGCAAGUGUGCUGAUUUUAAUAUACCAAAUAUAGAUGAAUUUAUUGAACCUUUUGAUGAAAGUAAAAUUCCUAUUCUAAAUAUAUCAGAAAUUCCAAAAAAAAAUAUGAAAACAGAAUGGGCUGAGCAAAUAGAUGUAAUGGUUCCAAUGCUAGAUUUUCAUAAAAAAAUUCCAGAUGCUGUUAAGUUAUUUCCUUAUGAACUUGAUAAUUUUCAAAAACAAGCUAUUCUUAAACUCGAAGAACAAUGUAAUGUAUUUGUUGCUGCUCAUACGUCAGCUGGUAAAACAACAAUUGCUGAAUAUGCUAUUGCUAUGAGCCAAAAACAUAUGACAAGAACUAUUUACACAUCUCCUAUCAAAGCACUUUCAAAUCAGAAGUUUCGAGAGUUUAAAGAAAAGUUCAAUAAUGUUGGUCUUAUCACAGGAGAUGUACAAAUUAAUUCAACUGCAAUGUGUCUUAUAAUGACUACAGAAAUUUUGCAGUCAAUGUUAUAUUGUGCUGCUGAAGUUAUUAGAGAUGUUGAGUAUGUUGUAUUUGAUGAAGUACAUUAUAUAAAUAAUGAAGAUCGUGGUCAUGUAUGGGAAGAAGUAAUUAUUCUUUUGCCGCCUACCAUAACUAUUGUAAUGUUGUCAGCAACGGUUCCAAAUCCACUUGAAUUUGCCCAUUGGGUUGGACAAAUUAAAAAGGAAAAAAUGUUUGUAAUAAGUACUUCUAAAAGACCUGUACCUUUGCAACAUUAUCUUUACACAGGUUAUGAUAAAAAAACAAAAGAUCAAAUUUUUCUUUUCAUUGAUAAAAAUGGCACACUCCGAAAAAAUAGUAUUAAGGAGGCUGAAGAAGCUCGAAAAGAGUCCUUAGAAAAGCAAUUAAAAAUUCAACAAAUCAAAUAUCAACAUACAAAACAUAAACCGUCAUUAGUAAUGAAACUUCCGACAACUAUAUGGAAAAAUGCAAGUGUUGAAGAAACAAUGAAUGCUGUGACAGUAGCAAAAGAAGAUGAAGAAAUACUGGAAGAUAGAAUUAAACUUAAUAUGAUAACUACUAAAGAAAAAAGAAUGUGGUUAGCUUUAUUAGAUCAUCUUCAGAGUGUGAAAAAGCUACCAGUAGUCAUUUUUAUUUUGUCUAGAAACAGGUGUGAUAAAACCGCAAAUGCUUUCACAGAAAGUUUACUAACUCAUGUAGAACAAGAAAAUGUAAAAGAAUUUUUUAAAAAAUCAAUUAGAAAUUUGAAAGGGACGGAUUCUCAGUUACCACAAGUUUUAAAAAUGCAAAAAUUAUUAUGUUUAGGCAUUGGUGUUCAUCACAGUGGAAUUCUACCAAUUUUAAAAGAAAUAGUAGAAAUGCUUUUCCAAAAAGGCAUUGUUAAAGUGUUAUUUGCUACCGAAACAUUUGCUAUGGGAGUAAAUAUGCCAACGAAAACGGUUGUUUUUGAUUCAACUGAUAAAUAUGAUGGUAUUUGUACUCGAAAUUUACUUCCCACUGAGUACAUUCAAAUGGCUGGUCGAGCAGGUCGUCGAGGUCAUGAUGAGACUGGAACUGUUAUUAUUCUUUGCAAGAAAAAUGUACCAACUGAAAAGGACUUGAAGUAUAUGGCUCUUGGUGCACCACAAAAUCUGGUCUCCAAAUUCAAGGUUACUUAUUUAAUGGUUUUACAUUUAAAACGACUUAGUGAAGCUAUUUCAGUAGAUGAAAUGAUGCGUAGAUCUUUUAAAGAAAUGAAAACUAUGUCAGAUGAAAAUAAAAAUAAACACGAAUUAGAAAAAAUAAUAAAUCUUAUUAAGCAAACUUCAGUACCAAUCAAGCAUGAAAAAGAUUUAGAAAUAUUUUAUGACUCAGUGAGAGAAUAUCUUGAGUUGUGGAAAGAUUUAAGGCCACACAUGUUAGAGGCAAAAAAAGCUACAAAAGCAUUAGUUGAGGGUAGAAUAUUAUUGAUUUCUUAUCAACAUCAUUGUAAUAAAUUAGGUAUAUUCUUAGGUUUUCAAAAUAAAACGAAAAUAUUGUAUAAAAUAUUUGUAUUAACAAGUAUCAGUGAAGAAGAAACAGCAAAGCUUAAUAUUAAGUCAGAUACUUGGUAUGAUAUUUUGAAUACAAUUAAAAAAAAAUUCUACAAGCCAAAAGAAAAUUUAAUUCAUGAAAUUUUACUUAUACCUGCAUCUUCAAUUAUAGAAGUAACUAAUAAAGUUAUCGAUAUUAAUUGUCGGUUCAUUUGUGCUGAUUGGGAAAAACGGCAAAUACCUAGAUUUAAAGAUGCGCUACCUAGUCCAUCUUGUGAAUCAGCAAUGAAUGAAUUAAUUAAAAUAACUCUAGAAGUACAUAAAAAUCCAUCUAUAAUAUUACCAUAUAUCGAAUUAAAACGAUCUGACUUUUAUUUACAACAAAAAGAUAAAUUGUUACAGGAUAAAGGAAAUGAACUUUUAAUUAUUAAAGAUAAAAUAGAAAAUACACCUAACUUUGAAGAUAAGUUUGAUAAAGUGUUCAAGCAGAAAGAAUUAGAACAAAAAAAACAAGAACUAUUAAGCAAACUCAGUGUUAAAAAUUUUGAAAAUUAUUUAGAAUAUGAAAGUAGAGUUAAGGUUCUCAAAGAAUUAAAUUAUAUUGAUAAUGAAGAUCAAGUAACAUUAAAAGGACGAGUCGCACUUGAAAUGGGAACUUAUGAAAUCUUCUUAACAGAGUUAGUACUGGAUAAUGUUUUGACAAAUUGGCAACCAGAAGAAAUUGCUGCAAUAUUAUCUUCUUUAGUUUGUCAAUAUCGAAAGAAUGAAGAAGAAAAGGAUGAAGAAAUCCCUAAAUUAAAUGAAUUGAAAAAAGAAGUAAUGAAAGUUUACAAUCGAUUAGUGAAUACAGAAAAAAAGUAUUUAUUAGAACCAAGACCACCACCAAGUUUUCAUUUAAUACGAGUGGUUUAUGAGUGGGCUUGUAAUAAGCCAUUUGCUAAAAUAAUGGAACUUACAAAUGUUCAAGAAGGUAUCAUUGUAAGAUGUAUUCAACAAUUGAAUGAAACAUUACAAUAUGUUAAAAAUGCUGCUAUCAUCAUUGGGCAUCCUGCUCUUAAAACGAAAAUGGAGGAAGCAUCUACAAAGAUUAAAAGAGAUAUUGUUUUUACAGCUUCAUUGUAUACACAAGAUUAAGUAAAAGAAUGCAAAACAAAAAAUAUUUUUUUAAUAAUGUUCAUAAACUUAUAUUGCAUCAAAUUAAGUAUCUAACAUAUGGAUUUAUAAAAUAGUUCUUUUCAUUUAAACUUCGUAUAAAAAUACUUUU